CGUAUCUCGGUCUUUCGUUUUUUCGGCUGCUGCGUGCGAAGGAGAGAGAGGAAAAACGGGCUCUCAGCAAAGCAACAAGAACGAAGAGCAAUGGCGACACUGGAUCGCCAAAUACCAAGUCCGGAUACGUUCCUGUGCCAGCCUUGGUCUUCCUUCGUCAGUGCGGCUAAAUUACGUUUUGUUGACAACUCGUCCGUGGCUAACAGCGACAGGGAGCUUUACUGCCUCGGUGAAGCCGUGAAGCGCAACGAACACGAGAUGCUUGUCUGCAGCCAGUUUCCAGCACUGGAGGAUUUUUGUCUUGUCGUCUGCCAUGUCUGCAGUAAGGUGGUGACUCCUCAGGGCAUCCUCACACACUAUGAGAAGCGACACAGCUCCCCGGUCCCCUCCAGGAGCCCCUUGGUUCCCAUGAAGCCCAAAGCACCUGCAGUGGCCCCCGCUGUGGCUCCCAGUCCCGGGGACACGCUGGCAUUCAGAGUCCCUAAGGAUUAUCCACACUCCCGCUUCAGCAAGGCACCACUUGCUGUUUACCCACCGAAGGGGGCGCGGAACAAGACAUGCGUAUCGCUACCAGUCGUAAGCCUGGAGAAGAUGCCUGCGUCGCAUGUUCGCCUCGCCUCUUCCUCUUCUUCCCCACUCAAAUCCUCAUCUCUUACUCCCCUGACUUCUCAACGUUCAAGCGAAAAACUCACCAACGGUCGCGGCGCAAGCGGGCCGUCCACGCCGCGCUCCACCACGCCUCCAUCUUCCCUGGAUAGGCGGCCCAGUCCGGCACGUUCACCGCUGGACAGACGGGCGUCAUCGACACCAUCUCCCUCACCGCUGGAUCGAAAGGCCUCUUUGUCACCUUCGCCUUCUCACCGAUCUGUCGCUCUGCCGACACUGACGUCAUUAUCGCCGUUGGACAAGAAGCAGCAGAAUGGGACUAAAGCUCCCUCCAGGUCACACAAAAGACUCUCAGGGAGGGUGUUUGAUCCAAACAAGCACUGCGGAGUGCAGGACCCCGAGACUAAGAGACCCUGCACGAGGUCUCUCACCUGCAAGACUCACUCUUUGACCCACCGGCGAGCCGUCCCCGGCCGAAGGAAAGAUUUUGACACCCUCCUGGCCGAACACAAGGGACGGGCAAAGGAGAAGGACGGAACGAAGGAGAAGGAGAAGGAAAAGGACGGAGCGCAGGGAGGGAAGGAAAGCUCCAACCAGCAGAGUAUCACAUCACAGGAGGCCACAUGUCCCAGCAAGUCUCACUGCCCAAACGGACGACCGCUCUCCACGCUGAAGCUACGACUGGCGAGCGCACACAUACCAAGGGUUCCAGGCGGCUCCUCUGCUUCCACCUCCGCUCCUCUUCUCCCAGCAGCGCCUCCUGCCCCGGCCCUGAACCCAGAGCCGUCUCCCCACAGCUGGGCGACAACAGCGGGGGACAGCAGUCGCCUCUCCAGUGACGAGGGAGACGCAGAGACUCCAGAGGACACCGACAGACCUGCCUUUCACUGCUCCAAUCAUCACCCGCAGCCUUUAGGGUUUUGCGUAUUCAGCAGCAGACUCAUGGGACGGGGCCACUAUGUGUUCGACAGGCGGUGGGACAGGAUGAGGCUGGCGCUGCAGAACAUGGUGGAGAAACAUCUGAACGCACAGAUGUGGAGGAAGGUACCUCUGGCUGCUGAGAGUCUUCCCUCCCUCUCCCCGUCUGGUUCCUCCUCCAUCACUUCCCAGCAGACCUCCUCACCCGCCUCCGUCAGCUCCUCUCUCCUCGCCUCCCCCUCCAACUCCCUCUCCUACACCGCCACGUUUCCUCAGUCGGCGUCCAUGGCUGGGGUGUUCAGCAUCAGAGACUCUACGCAGCCCCAAGUUUUCUCAUCGGGAAAAGCCCGUAACGGCGCACAUAAAGCUGGUCGCUCAUCCAACGACUCGGAGGACCCCGCAGUGGGACCUAAAAAGAGAAAAAACUCUUCCUACUCUUCAUCCUCCUUUUCGUCUUCAUCCUUGUUUCCGACUGUGGAUAACCACAAAAGGAACGGCAGCAGCUUUCAUUCAACGUUACAAAGCUCUGGGGGAUCAGCCGCCUCCCCAGCUAGGAAAAAGGGACUCGGUCGUGGGGAUAGUGGGCUUUGGAGCAGCUCAGAAGACUGGCUGUCCAGAGCUGAUGGGCCUCAGAGUCACAACUCACAAAACAGUCGAGAACUUGCCACCACCAGUAUACCCUACUCACCCAACAGGGAAGUGGCCCAUCAGCCAAUGGCUCCCCCAGGACCCUUAGCUUAUGGCGGAGGAGCAGAGGGGAGGAAGAGGAGGAGUCCCAGCUCUUACAGAGGGAAGGCCAGCAAGCUGAGCAGGCCAGGCAAGUUAGAGAGCCUUUUUGGGAAAGGAAAUGACAGCGGAGGGAUACUGGCUUUGGGGCCCGAGUCCCCAAGACAGGCCAAGUUGCAUCACUGACAGAAACCUGUUUGACGGACAAAAUGUUGGGCAGCUGUGCAGGCCACCACCGCUCGUGACCUUCGACCUCACCACUCUUCCAAUGACGGCACCAAUCAGACUGCUUCUUCUCGGCGAUGUCACCCCCGUUUAUCCAAUGACAGUUCAGCUCUCCCGCCGUGACGUGAGGGGAGCCUCUGAAGUCUUUGCCCACAGUCGGCCUGCAGUUGCUUCCACUCCCCGUCCCUCGUUACGGAUCAUUUUUGUUGGAAAGCUGCUCUGCGUCACUGUGGUCUUUACAGAACAAGAUUUCAAAAACCCAUCGUCUGAAAAGGGAAUUUGCCUUCAGUUCUGAAGGCAUUGUUAAUAAUACCACCACCGUAGAAUCUCUUCGGGGAGGGGAGGGACAACCAGAGUAUAUUUCCAGUCAGAUGACAAGAAAAGACAUCUGUGAUUGUUUUGGGGAGUUUCAUGUUUAAAGGACCUACUGACACGACUACUGUAGGACUCAGACUUCAGCUACACCACCUCAACCUCCCUUUUCUCUGUCUAUCUGUUGAUCUUAGCUUGUCCUCUUACUCCCAAGAGAGGGGAGAUAACAGCAGGUUUUGGUUGGGUUUCUCUCUUUAGUCUCUUUCUUUGUCUACCAAACAACUUUCUCCAUUUACCGUCUCCCCCCCGUCCAUCCUCGCAUGCCUGUGUUCAAAGUGCACUUACUUCCCUUCAGCUCCUACAUGCUCCACAGACUCCAGAUCAGUCUCCAGCAGUGCCACACCAGGACCUGUUCACACAAGGGAAGGAGAAGCAUCUGCGUUACCAACGGCGCCACAUCAAUGCUUUGUGUUCACAUAUAGGAAGAAGUCUGAUUGUUUUGUUACUUUCUUCGUUGUCGUUUUGACGUCGCAAGAAACUCCCGAACUUGCAUCCAAAAUGGAAUUAUUACUACGGUGUCUGAUGGCUUUGUGUUUUUGUAUAAUAAUUUAUCAUUCUUAAAUGUUUGUUAUCUUACUGACCAUUGAAGUUUGAGCUACAGAGACUUUUUCAGCAAAAAAAAUAUUAUUUCUAUGGCAUUUUGAAGAAAUGGGGAAACUAUUAUUAUAGUUCAUACUGUUGAAAAUGUGUACAUAUCUGUUAUUAUUUUUGUAUUUAUUAAUAAGUGUCCCCUUUUACUAAAUAUGAGGUAUAGAGGGAGUAUUUUUGCCCUCUUGCCUCAGUCUGUGUUGAAUAUUAAUGACACCGGCCUGGUUUCUCAAAACUUUCAAGAUUUUGUUAAUUAGCAUAUUAAUGGUAAAAACAAUGAACUUUGGCUAUUGGUGCUGUUUAGGUCAUUUCCAUGUAGUUGCAUUAUGUGGCUAAUUUUUAAAGAGUUUGUCAAUAUUCAGCUCUCUCAGCUCAUUGUCGACAAUUUUGAUAUGUUAUCUAAAAAAAAGUCUGAUUCAAAGUGUAGUUAAAUUGCUUUUUCUGGAGCCUUUUAAUGCUAUUUUCCACUUGUGUCCCCCUUCUAUACUACAUAAUAUGCUAAUACAGUAUAUAUGUGAAGGCAUAGUGGAAUAGUCCGUUCUCAUCUUCUUUGAGGUUCCACUUUAUUUUCAAGAGAAACCUUUAUUAGAAUUUUACUUAGAUUUGUCUUUUGGACCACAAAAUCCCCAGCAUUUCAGUAUUUUCAAAAAGCUACAAAGCUUGAUUUUUGUGAAACCAGGCCCUAUUUGUAUUUUCACCUAAAGGGCCCCACAUUCCUGUUUGCCUGUGGUUCCACCCUUUCUUUCGUACUUCUUCCAGUGUUCAAAACUUAUAGCUAUAUUUUUUAACUGUCUUUAUCUUCCAAGGCCGAUCGGUCGGAGCCUCGGCGCGAUUACGCCGGGUCGCUGUGUUACGUGGAGUCAGAACUGGGUCAAAAUGCAUUCACUUACUCCUCAAAUGCCCCCAUUAAGCUCGGUACCAUUUUUUCUUUGGUAGCUCGACAGUCCACUGUGCUGGAACUGCAGCGUAGCCAUUCCUUGUGAGCCUUUAAAUAUCUACUGGGCGGACAAAACAAGUGCUGGUUGAACAAUACGUGAUUGGGGCACCAGAGUUUUGCAUUUAUUUCCCAUAUCGUCUUUACUCCCGCAGCGAGGAACAUUGUUAAAUUUAACUGAGAUCAAAAAGAUGAUCUGGAAAAUGGCCAAAUUAUGAAAAGUUGGAUCUAUAAUGUAUCAUAAAUGUCUGAGGAGUUCCCCGUCCGUUCGUAUGGCGUUGUUGAUGGAGCCAGAGUAACUGAAAGCAUUUUGAUUUGCUUUGUCACAGUGGGAAGCUCUUAGCAAACGCUCUCACCUGGUACUUGCCAGCUGCCUCGGCGGAAACCAACUCCUCAUUUGUUUUCCGUUUAGCGAUGAAUGAAUUGUACAUAAUCGGUUGUAUUUGCGUUCUGUUUCUCCAAGUACUCAAAGUGCUUCCCAUGAUGACACUUUAUUUGUCAGAUCACCUAACAGCUUAGAUCAGUUCGCCUGCCUGGCGGUGGUCUUUGUUUUGCUGUAGAUACUCAUUGGUUUAUCUGGGUACUCGCUAUGUACAGCUAACUGGCUAACGCGCCUACGAUUGCGGGAUGUUUUUUCACAGUUUUUUCUUUCACCUGCUGAGCUUUCACAUGUUAAAAACAACAAACUUCACAUGAAAGAUCAACUCUAGUACAGUACAGUGAUGGUUUGUUGGCUGAAAAUCUGGGGAAAUCUUCAAAUUUCUCACCUUUCACGCAUGUAUCUGCAGAUCAAACAUGGCAAUGUAAGUGUUUUUAGGAAGAGCCACCCCCUGAUUUGCUGUUUAUAGUCGUAGAAACAGGAAGUUACAGUUUGUUGCAGCUAAAAUCGGCGUAACGCUCAUGGAUGCUGAUUUCAGAGAGGUUGUAUUUUGUCUUUGCUGUUAAAUUUUAUGGAGGUAUUAACGAUUUAUUUUUACCCUCCCUGUUCCUUUUUUUGCACUUUGUCGUAUUGCCCAGAACUUUAAUCAACUUCUAUUUAUAUAAAUAUUUGAGAUAUUAAAAAAAUCUAUCUAUAUAUAAAUAUAUAUAUUUGUAAAAGUGUUUCUGGCAACUACAGUAAAAGAAGAUGAAGAGUUUAUUCUUGGUCAGUUGGGCCCCAAAACCAGCACACUGUUAUUAUCCGAUCCAAACUGUGGUGAAUGUUGAAUGUCAGACAAAUGCCUUGUUCGAUUUUGGGGUUUUAUUCAGUCUUACUGCAGUAGGAUUAGAAAAUGGGUUUGCCGUCAAAACAACCUAACACACGCUGUAAAGAAAAAAGAAAACAUAAGGUCUUAUAUCCAAGCUUUUAUUAAAUGAUUGAAAGUGGUUUUGGGGGUUGUUUGUAAAUCAAAGAUGCAGCUUUUGAAUAGUGAGGAGAAGUCCCACUGCUGAUGAAUGUUUGUUUUGUAUAUUUUACUUGUCAUUACUUGCAAGAAUCCGUUUGAAUGUUUUCUGUCCAAGCAGCUCACGAUCGUUGGUGUCUGACAUGAUAUUUUUGUACUGCUGGAGAAGAGCAAAUUACCUCUUCUGUGGUUGUCAGUGUUUCACCGGGAAGCUUCAAUUAUAUGUUUUGUAAAGUAUGAAAAACACAUUUUAAUGCUUCAGAUUUUACCAGAUGCAUCUGUAAUUACCGUUUUCAUCAGUGAAAAUAUAAAACUGAAAUGAG